AUGAAGGUUUCUGUCAUUACCACCCUGCUUGCUCAGGCUUUCGCCGUCAGUGCUUUGCAGAAGUACUGCAACGGUGGACAAGGUCUCGCCAGCGGAAACACCUGUGAAGGAAAGGGAGCAAACUCUUAUUGCUGCCUCAACGUACAAUCAUCAGCGUUCCCCACUUUCCGCGGAUCAUGCUUCUCCCCCCAGAGCAUUCGUGAUCGGGAGGAUGUCAACCAGGACUGCCCUGGAGGUUCUGUCUACUGCGUAAGCUACCGUUCACUGACCCUGACAAAUGAAUGGCUGUUUACUUUUCAUAGUGCGACUAAGCUACUCGAUCGCGCAAGACUUGACGGAGAAGGUGCUAGGAGAGUAAUUAGGGGGUUAUCAAGGUCUUUGCGGAUAAAGGCCCUGAACAUGACCUAUGCUGUACGUGCCGUCAAAGGGGAUUGGGAUAAGAGGCUUACCAAGCUGGACCGGUCGAUCGUAUCGACUAUCAAUACCACCAUAGAAGAUAACUAUUUGAUACCAAUGCAGACUGGGCUGUCCGCCAAUGCCAAAAUGUGGCUGAAACUUGUUUCUACUUGGUAA